UAAACAAACUGGGAGGACUGAACACAGCAGCAGGGACUUUUCAGGCUUUGGGUCGACAUUUGAUGUAGUUUCUAUUCAUUUUAUACCAUUUGUAACUGUUUUUCAGGAAUACUUUGAAUACUUUGCCACACUCGUUUUUCGAUUUUUGAAACGGCUGAAAACCUGAAUUACUAGGCUGCUAGCUACCUGUUUUGCAUAUUAAAACUGGCCAGAUAUUUUUCGACAGGGCUUUUAAUUACAGAGCCAGCAAACAAAAUAGCUAACAAGACGAAGACAUUCAUGAAGUAACGUUUUGUGUUAUACUCAACGAGGAACAAUUAUUCCGAUUUUGGAUCUUGAACCGCAAUAGUACUUGUCUUUGAAAUAGUAUCACAAGUUGUAGAAAGGUUUCGCUAACGUUCGCUAGCUCCAGCAGAAUGACGGCAGUGCAGUUGAUGAACAUCCAGAGGUUAUUGGAAGCGGCAGAAUAUCUUGAUAGAAGGGAGAAAGAGUGUGAACACGGAUAUGCAUCGACGUUUCCGUCGUCAAUUCAGAACACGAACUACCAGAGACAAAAUAAAUUUCGGAACAAGAAGUUCCACAAUAACCAUAACAGGUCUACACAUAAUGAGUUGGAGAAGAACAGGAGAGCCCACCUACGUCUGUGUUUGGAGAGGUUGAAGGCCCUCAUCCCUCUGGGAAAAGACUGUAACCGCCACACUACCCUGGGGCUGCUCAACAAAGCCAAAUCACAUAUUAAGAAACUUGAAGAGGCGGACCGUAAGAGCCGUAACCAGCUGGACAGUCUGGAGAGGGAGCAGAGGCACCUCCAGCGCCAGUUGGACCUGCUGCAGGGGGGCACCGGGGCCGGGGUAGGAGGCACUGGGCCGGGGGAGGGAGAGAGGAUACGCAUGGACAGCGUGGGCUCAACCCUCUGCUCCUCCGAGCACUCGGACUCGGACCAAGAGGAGAUUGAGGUGGACGUGGAGUCUACAGAGUUCUCGGAGCACGGAGAACUGGACUCGGUUUCUACGGCCUCCACCAGCGAUCUAGACGACCACAGCAGCCUUCAGAGUCUAGCCAGCGACGAGGGCUACUCCAGCUGCAGCAUCCUCAAACUCUCCUCAGCCUUCUCCGGAUCCUCCUCAUAGGAGAUGGCUGUUGGGUGUAGACUCCUCCCCCCCGGCUCCAAUCUGCAACCUCGGGGGGCUAAAUCAACAUCCAAAGACCAACCACCUGAACCUGUCCAGCGACGAAGGUUACGAGGGCAGACGUUAAUCC